ACUUGAUGCCGGUUAUCUGCCCACAGACUCCAACAGGAGCGACACCGGAAGGCAGCAACUGGUCCGCCGGUGCUGCUGCUGCUGCUGCUGCUGCACCACCCACAACCCGACGGAGGUGAACCCGGCCGACCGACGCGUCGCGCGUCUAAUUCCUUGUGGAACACCGCGGCACGCACCCGAGCUCCUCCUCGCCACCUUCUUCUACCAAAGAGUCAGCACUCGGAGGGCAGAGCCUCUUCGCCCGAUGGCCAGUCCGGUCGCAGGCGUCGGGCAGCCGCAUCAGCAUCCCGCGGGCACUGGCGGGGCGGCCGCUGACUGCGCGUUCCGGGAGGCGCGGGAGUGGAUCGAGGCCGUCACAGGAAGGUGCUUCGGGGACCGGGACUUCAGGGCGGGCCUGGAGAACGGGAUUCUGCUGUGCGAGUUGCUGAGUUCGAUUAAACCCGGCCUGGUGAAGAAAAUUAACAGGCUUCCGACACCCAUCGCUGGCCUGGACAACCUCAGUGUGUUUCUGUGCGGCUGUGAGGAGUUGGGACUGAAAGGCUCCCAACUGUUUGACCCUGGAGACCUGCAGGACACGUCGACGCGCCCCACCGCCAAGGGAAGUGACUGCAGCCGCAGGAUCAAGAAUGUUUUAAUCACCAUCUACUGGUUGGGUCGUGCUGCCAACGGCUGUGCCACUUACAACGGUCCCACGCUGGACCUGAAGGAGUUCGAGGGCCUGCUGUCACAGAUGCGAAAGGAGGCGGAGGAGGCGGAGAGCCCCGUACGCAGCAUCCGGGACAGCGGCUACGUCGACUGCUGGGACUCUGAGCGCAGCGACUCUCUCUCCCCGCCGCGCCACGCCCGCCAGGACUCCUUCGACAGCCUGGACUCCUUCGGCUCGCGCUCGCGGCAGACCCCGUCGCCGGACGUCCCGCCCCCCCGCGACAGCAGCGAUGGCCGCGGCAGCGACUCCGAGUCCGACGGCCCCGCCCACCGGAAGAUGCCGGACGUGCGCAAGGACGACAUGUCGGCGCGGCGCACGUCCAUCAGCGAGCCGCGCACCGCCGUGCCCUUCAACCAGUACCUGCCCAACAGGAGCAACCAGAGCGGCUACGUGCCGGCGCCGCUCCGCAGGAGGACGGGCGACGGAGAGGAGGGGGGCGCGGCGCGCAGGAGCUGCAGUACCGCCACCUCGCCUGUAGGGGGCGACGGGCCUUUCAGUUCUCCGGCUCGCUCGUGCUCAGAGGAACUCUUCCACCACCCGGCGGCAAGCGCCGCGACGGCCGCCGCGAGCCGCGCCGUCGCCUCCGAGAAACCCCCGCCGAGCGCGGCCCCCUCCAAACAACUCGCCACCCCGGGCCCCGCCCACUUCCUUCCCGUGCCCGACGCCACGCCGAUGGCUGGCGAAACGGGCCGACGGAAGGGGCGGGCGCUGAGCGAAAGCGACGACCCGCAAAGAGGAAGCACCUGGUUGGACGGCGGCCUUGCAGCAACUGUGUCAUGUGACCCACAAAGUGUGAGCAUGGUCGACAUGCGCGGCGAGGAGGAGGCGGCGGCGGCGGCGCUGCAGCCUCACAGUCAGGCCCGCCACGAGCUGAUGCACGACCAGUACAACCGGAUGAAGGAGGAGGACGACCACUGGCAGGACGACCUGGCGCGAUGGAAGAAUCGCCGGAGGAGCAUCUCCCAGGACCUGAUCAAGAAGGAGGAGGAGAGGAAGAUGAUGGAGCAGUUGAUGACUGGAGGAACGUGUACCUCCCAGAGGAGGAGAAGCAUCAAGACGUACCGGGAGAUAGUGGAGGAAAAGGAGCGCCGCGAGGGAGAGCUGCGCGACGCGUACAAGAGAGCCCGGAGCCAGGAGGAGGCCUCGCUCAUCCUGCAGCGCUACGCCCAGCGCUUCUCCAUCAGCGAAGCCGCCCUGGAGCGCCUCCAGCUGCCGAAGCUCCUGGACCGCAGCGUGUCGGCCGACCCGUCCGUCCCGCUGUCCGUCUCCCCGGCGACCCCGGACCCCCUCGACGGCGACCCCGACGGGCCCAUGAAGUAUCUGCGCCAGCGCUCCGCCCCGGCGCCCAAGUUCACCUCCACGCUGGAGGCGCGGGUCGAGGAGUUCCCCAAAGAGCCGGCGCACCAGCAGCCCCAGAUCCGCUCGCGCUCCUCGGAGCCGCCGUCCAGCAGGACGCUGUCGCCCAAAGCGGUGCCCUUGCUGACGCCCAGGGGUUACUCCCCGGCCCGGCCCACGGCCGGCGGGCCGCGGCCCAGCAAGGCGGGGGCUAUGCUCCGAGUCAACGGCGACGUCGGAAGUGACGGCGCUCCCGCCGCGCCCGAGAGUCGAGGAAGCGACUCCCCCCCGGACUUCCGGGCGUCCCCUUCCCAAACCGCCGGCAGCCCCGAGGCGGACGCAGCCUCCUCCCCCGCGGCCUCCCCGCUGCCCCCCUCGACCCGAGGAGCGGACCCCGCGGCGACAGAGGGGGCCCGAGGCGGCUCGGCACUGACUCCCGAGGACGUCCCGGGGGGACGAGUCAACGCCACCCGACAUCCAACGCCGCCCGGCCGGCCCACCUCGCUCCCAUCGGAGCUGCAGAAGCCAGAGGACGGCCUCGGGGGGGCCGGACGUCGGCCACCAGCGGCUCCAGAGGAGGAGAGGUCAAAUGCUGCAGAAGCCCGUCCCUCCAGCGUCGUCCAAUCGGGAGUCACCGCAAAGCAGGUGGCUUUACAGGAGAGUGUCCCCAGGUCCCAGGAGUCCUCGCGGAGAAGAGAGAAUGUCCCGAGCUUAGCUUCUCCGGGGUCGUUUGAGUGCCCCUCCCCUGCCAGGGACACGGCAGCCGAGUUUGCAAACAGUGUCAGGUCUCCGUUGGCAACCAGCAACCCUAAGUUACGGCGGGAGUUCUUCGUGCCGCCAGAAGAGCUGGAUAAGGAUCGUCGAGGAAACGUGCCCGUCCCGGUGUUGCCCCAGGCCAGGCGGGGUGACCGCUGGUCUUGGGACCCGGACGGUGAGCGAAAGCGUCAGGAAAGGUGGCAGCAGGAGCAGGAGCGCAUGCUGCAGGAGAAGUACCGGCGCGAGCAGGAGAAGCUGAAGGAGGAGUGGGAGAAAGCCCAGAGGGAGGUGGCGGAGGAGGAGAGGAGGUACCACGAGGAGGAGCGUAGGAUACUGGAGGAAACUGUGGCGCCUCUGACUCCCCGGCCCCCGGCCCAGCCCUCCCCCGGCCGAGGAGACGUCCCCUGCACCCCGGAGCUCCGGGGCCCCUCCGACUGGGAGCGCGAGCAGGAGCUGCUGGAGAGGGAGAGCUCAGAGGGCGCGGAAUGGAGACGCGGGGACAGCGGCCGGACCAGUGACAUCAGCUCCGCCGCCGCCGACGGCGUGGAAACGGCCAGAAGCCCGGAGAGUCGGAGCGGCGGCGGCCAGGCGGAGACGCUCGGUCACGGCCUGCAGAACGGACAGAAACGUCCCGCCGCGUCCACCAAAACGUCCACCAAAACGUCCGCUCCGGUGAAGAAACAAGAAGAGGCUUCAGCGGGCAGAGACAAGCCCGACCGGCCCGAAGGAGACAGGAGGAGUGGUCCCAUUGAUAACAACAUGUGCCGCAGCUCAUCAAAAAAGCCUGCAGCAUGUCCACCGCCUCCAGACGCGGUGCUGCCAGCACCCAACAGGUCCGUCAGUGGGAAGAAGCUGUGCUCCAGCUGUGGGCAGCCUUUGGGGAAGGGGGCGGCCAUGAUCAUAGAGACCCUCAGGCUUUACUUCCACAUCCACUGCUUCAAGUGCGGUGUGUGUCACGGACAGUUAGGGGACACGACCACGGGGACGGACGUCCGGAUCAGAAACGGCCUCCUGAACUGCCACCAGUGCUACAUCCGCUCCCGCUCGACCGGACAGCCGACCACGUUGUGACGCUCGGGCAGAAAAGCACGAGCCUCACGGAGGGAACGCCGUCCUCGUUUUAAACCCCAUCGCCUGCAAAUCACGCCCUGCACAGCGGGGCGAGGCCGCUGCAUCCUCUGCGAGCUCGGUAAACAAUGAGGAUUCGGUCACGGGGGGAUCCGGGGACAGACGGAUGUAUUAAAGAAAUAUAUAUAUAUCCAUAUCUAAAUAGAUAUAGAUAUGUGCGUAUGUAAAUAUAUUCUUUGUGUUUAUGUCAUCCAUUAUUUGAGUGGAAUCUGCAUUUUAUUGGUUCCACGUACAACCGCAGACUCCAUGCAUGUUACAUCAUGCAAAAGGGAGCGAGAGAGAGAGAGACAGAAGGGGGAGGGAAAGAGAGGGUGAGGGACUGUUGUCUAGUGGCGGCCAUGUUAAAAAAAAAAAACAUGCUUCAAGCACAGGUAAGAGGAAAUAUUGGGUUCUAGUUUUGUUGAAGCAGAUUCUAUUUUUCAAUUCCAUGUGAUGUAAACCCAGUUCAUCCCGUUGUUACUCAAUCAUUGUGUUGUCAUUUGAGAGAGAUUUUCUUAAUUUGGAAAGAAAAUCCUCAAAACUGAAUUGGACGCCCCGCAACUCUGAUUGGAUUAUUCUUUUUUUCCUGAACAGAUAUAAUCUGUGAAAUAUUAAUAAUUGUAAGACCUUUUAAUUUAAUGUGAGAAUAAAAAAAUAUAUAUACAGAAAGUUCAUUUACAGAGUAGAUGUCCCUCGAAGCCCUCGCAGUGACCCCUAAUGUCUGUCGUUCUGCGCUCCUGAACAAAUCGAUCUUUUUAUAGAUGUAGUUUCAUCUUCAGGGCAAACUUGUGAUCUGUUUUGGUGCUUUUGGGUCACAGCAGGUUGCUCCUCAGCCAGUAACGUGCCUUAGGAAAAGCAAGGUGGUGCAGGAAAAAACACACCAGCUGUAUGGUGUUUGAUUUCUUUAUUAUUCUUUUUCUUUGGGGUGUAGGGAGAGAUUUGGCCAAAUUUGAACACUUUAAACUGCAGCUCUCCCUAAUUUUUGCUUUUUUUUUACAUAAAUGACAUUUCAUAUCUUCUCUCUCUGUGAUUUGCAGUGAGAAAAAUCAGUGCAAAGGAAGACAUUUGUUUAUUUGGAAACAUUUUUCAGGGGAUGCCAUUGAUUUAAUCCUGAAUGUUGUUUUACUAUAGAGAGAGACACGACAUCAAUUGAGGCAACUUGAUAAUUGCUCAUGUGGAAAAUUACAUCAACACAAUGUUGAAACUAUAAGAACAAAGGUGAUUUGAACACUGCAGAAGUUGCUCCUGUGCAAUAUUUGGUUGGGCUCAAACUAAAGAACCCGCUGGACAUUUGAAAUCACUUGCUUUGUUUUUUGGGGAGGUGUGUAAAAGUAGCUCGGUUGUGUAUUGCAGAUGUAAAAAGAAAAAAAAAUGCACGUUUAAGCCUAAAACCAAAUGAUUUGCUAUCAGAAAGCAAACUAGUCCUCCUGUAGGGCAUCCUACAGCAAAGCUUCUCCCGCGGCUUCAUCUCUGAUCUACAGUAUUUUUAAGCUUCUGUUUCGGUUUGUGUAUUUUUUUUUAAAUUUUUAUCCUCAUUUAGUUGAAUGAAUAUCAAGUCUCUUUGAGACACGAGCUCUAUAUUCAGACGGGCUUCGCAGGAUGGUUGGGGAAUGCAGCCAUCACGUCUGUUCUGUAUUUAUUGUAUUAUUCACCUGAACAUUAUCCGAAAUAUAGAUUCCUUUUGAUGUUGAAAUGCAAUGGCAUUUAUAGCGAACUGUAUGUUUAUAAAUAAAAUGUUAUAAAUUAAAACG